AUGGAAAUAAAUAUGAAAAAUUUAUGUAUCGAAUUGAAUGAUUUACCUGAUGAAAUUCUUUUGAUUAUUUUCAAAAAACUGGACAAUCUUAAAGUACUUUAUUCUUUUCAAGGAGUCAAUGAACGACUGAAUAAAAUUAUACAUGAUCCAGUAUUUACAAGUCGUUUGAGCUUUCUCAACUGGUCGCUUAAUAAAUUUAUCAAUAAAUUUUCUUCUGAUAUAAUACUUGGUCGAUUUUGUUUACAAAUUUUACCUGAAAUUCAUAUGAAAAUCAAAUGGUUGGAUCUUGAUUCAUCAUCUAUGAAAAAUAUUCUACGUGCUGCCAAUUAUCCUCAUUUACAUGUACUCGGUCUAUAUAAUAUCGAAGAAGAGACAGCUAAAUGUCUUUUUAACGGUAAGGAAAUCUCAAUAGAAUUGUUUUAAUUCUAAAUAAGAAAAAGAUAUGCAUACUAAAUUUAUUAUGGACUAUAUUUAAAUGAGACAAUUGAUGAGAAGGAGAGAUUAUUUCUAAAAGGAAAAUUCCUUUCUAUUAAAAAUUAUGUUUAUCUUUUGACUAUUUGUAUUGAUCUUUGAUUAUAACGAGUAGAUGUAAAAUUGAUUAUGUUACAUGUUUAGAUGAAAGACUGUCAUGUAUUUUUACAAAUCAAAUUACAAUACUUAUUAUUUCAAUUGAUCCAGGUGAAAAACAACUGUCAGCAAUGG